AUGGAGAUCAUUGGCACUUGUCUAAUUGAGGAUACAACCAAAUUGGAUUGUAUAGAUGUUAAUGAUGUUGGGUAUUAUGGUCUUGCAACUAAGCUUCUAUGGAGGGUUGAUGAGUGUUGGAAUGAGUGUUUAAAGCUUUUGGGCGUCGCUGAAGCAGCAGAAGCAUCAAUGGAUUCUGACCAGUUAAGCUCUGGAAUUUCAGAUUUUGAUACUCACUUUCAAGGCCUCAUAGUUCAGAAAAGUCAACUUUCAAAUGUGAAGAGCGUAGAAAGAAGUUCUAGGCCAUUUGUAAUGCGUGUUCUCGAUGAUGAGGUGGAUGACAUUGACAAUGCAUAUGAGGAAGCUCAAGAUAGAAGCUCCCUUUCUGCUAAUAGGUUUAAUUUUAACGACCUUUAUGUUAGUGAUGAUGACGACUCUGAGAAUGAGUCAGCACUUGAAAUUCAGCCAUACUUGAUGGAAGAAACAGGAUUGGUGGAAGGAGGUUUGAUGAGCUAA